AUGUCUCGAUUAAGCGGUAAUCACGUUGGUAACGACGCUGUUCCUAUUCAAAACUCCGACUAUGAUACACCCAACCAAAAAGCACCCGACGCAACAACGACAACAUACGCCUCUCCUUCCAGAGAUGGCAUUACUCCGGCCGCGUGGGGGAUUGGAUGGCGAGUUCCGAGUAUGAUGGUUGGACUUGUUUUUGCUGGUGCGAUGUUUUCAAUGGGUCAUCACCUAUACUACCAGAGCCUCGACGGGGCCCGCGUCAACUCAGUCGACCAACAAACAUGGGCAAUUCGAAUCGGAACUGGCUUUGCUUUCUUGAUCAAAUCUUUCUUCGUGUCUGCUGUUGGUAUCGCAGCCGUGCAAGUGAUGUGGGCCACUCUCCGACGGAAGUUUGUGAAUCUUCGCGGGAUUGAUGGCAUGUUUUCCAUCCUUAGCAGCCCACUGGCUUUGCUCACCCCCGACCUCUGGAUGUGCGCGAAGACCCUCAUCCUACUUGCAAUCAUGUCAUGGCUUAUCCCAUUAACGGCAAUUGUUACACCUGCUACUCUAACCGUCGAUCUCUUGACAACGACCAAUAUCACCCAAGCUCGUGUUCCGACUGUGAACUUUGUUGACUCCUUCUGGAAGCCUUGGGCAUUAACCGAAGGGGCAGGGUUUAUUGAUUCGCCCGCGCCCGGUAUCAAUCGCCUUUUUACAACUGUUUUCUCGUCUGCUGAAGUGCUCCCAUUGUCUGCACCUUUCCCUAACUCAUCCUACACCCUAGAGUUCUGGGGCCCUUCAUACAAGUGCCAGAGAUUCAGUGAAGUUAUCGUCGAGAUGCAGGGCAAGACUUUUACCGAUCAGUCGGGUUACAAUUAUAGUUCCUUUCAGGAAGUGUGGGAUUACGAUACUGCCAACAUGACAAGCCACUUGUUUUACACCAUGUACUCAGGGGCCGUUAGUAGAGUCCUUAACAACACCAUUUUCGUGUACGCCACAGGAGGAAACCCCCUAUGGAACGACAACGUCACACAACCGACCGAGCUCGUCUGUCAGCUUUGGAAUACAUCAUACGUGGUGGACCUGAAUUUUGCCAACAGUGUGCAAACUCUCACACCCGUAUCAACGGAGUACGUGGCUCCUGCUAAUUGGAGUUCAUCCGCUGGCUCGUUGACUACAUUACAACCUCAAGCGCCAGGUGUCAAUGGUGGUUUCUACCUGACGCACUUGCUAUUCUCUGCCAUCAUGGAAAGUACCAUAAGGAUCGGCUCUGUUGGAUCGGUGACCACUGUCUUAACCUCGUCGCUUUCGUCCGAACAAUCUAUAUUCACCCAAAUAUCAAUAAUGCAAACCGGCCUUUUCUCAUGUCCGGAGGUGUGGAAUAGUACCUAUUACAUGCCGACGAGUGAGACAGUUGACCAGUCCAUUUGCCGGAAUAAAACACUAGCCCGGGCCAUAGAAGAUCUCUCGCACAACUUCACCUACAGUCUUCUUAGUCUGAACUCCGCGAACACCAGUGUGCCCGUGACAAUCUCAUCACCUCAGAAUUUCUACGCCUACAACAGUAAGAAUCUGCUGGCGGCCUACAUGACUGCGCUGGGUGUCACUGUUGUAUGUGUGAUCGUCGGAUUCUUUGCCCUGCGCGAGAAUGGCGUUGCCCAGAGUAUCUCAUUUUCCAGCAUGUUGAUGACGACACGGAAUCCCGAGUUGGAUGGUCUAUCCAAAGGACACUGUUUGGGAUCUGACCAAUUACCAGAUGAGAUUGGCGAUGUCAAGUUACGAUUUGGGGAGGUCGAGGGCUCGGAGCAGUACAAGCAUGCGGCAUUUGGAACUCAAGAGUCGGUAACUCCUCUAACUAAGGGGAAAGAUUAUUAUUAG